GUAUACCGCGUCGAUUAGACAACCGGUUUUUGAAAAUUUUACCAUUCUGGCGUCUCGAAAUAUUCUCGUAUCUACAUUACACAUGACGGGUUUGGUGACGAUACAUCGGCGCUCAGUAGGUGGUUUUAAGCAGCCAUGACACACGUUACAAGGGGGCAGAUGUGUGUGAUAUGUGGUGCUGGUGUAUAAAUCGUGUUUUUCUACAAGGUCUUUUUUGUGAAACAAUAACGAUUCUCCCGAAAUUCUCAGAAUUCCCGGUGACUUGCACGUUUGGCAUAUAACCGGUUCUGUCGAGUUAUCUUUAUCGCAUAUCUGACACGUGUACGACGCAUGUGGUUUACAUUUCCGAUAUAGGUUUUUCCAAAAUGACUUUUUUUCUCUGCUAACACGACACGUCAUCUUGCCACAUUCGUAGAUAUUUGGAGUGCGGUAUAAAUGAUCACGUAGUUGUUGGUCUGUAAUGAGAAAUAUGUCCUUCAAGUCGUGUAGCAUAAUUUUGUCAGUGUAGAAGGAUGCGUAUCGGGGUUCGGCACUUGCCUGUAACGUUACCUUUGCUGUCGGCAUUAUCCGCGUCGCUGCUCACCGUUUUCACCGCUCUAUAAAAUUACGACUUUUUACCGGAUUAUUUUCGAGAAGUUUUUAUUCGCCCCCCCAUAUGUCUACUUUUUACCGAAUUUUUACCUAAUUUUUACCGAAUUUUAACCGGACUUUUACCAGUGUUUUUUAUCCGUCGAAUAUCGAAAAAAAUAUACGUUUUUUUUUCUGUUUAGAAACACAAUGGAAGCACAACGUCCCGAUUCGUCGAUCGAUAUAGUACUAGAUCAAUGUUUUCCAGAUGAACGUGAAAAAACAAUUCGACCUGCCGAUUUCGAUUAUUUAUUAGAAACAGAAGAUGAUGAUGAAACGUUAUCAGCUGCUAAUGUCGCUGCAGUUGCGGAUAUUGAUAAUAUUGUAAAAGAAACUGUUGCUGCUGUUGCCAAUAUAGAUGGUUUUAUUAAAGAAAGUACUGAUACUACCAAAAUAGAUAUUCUUCCUUUAGACGAACGACGAGUUGUCAUUGAUUUUGACGACUUUGUAACCACCACCGCUGACACUGCUACUAAUAAUGAUGGAUCAGAUAUAGCUGCUGCUGCUGCUGCUGUUGUCGAAACUACUGCUACCAAGAAAAAAAAUAUUCUUGAUUUUGAAACUACCAUCACUGACGAUAAUAACCAAAUGAAGUCUCCCGUUGAUACUGCUACUAAUAAUGAUGGAUCAGCUGCUGCUGCUGUUGUCGAAACUACUGCUACCAAGAAAAAAAAUAUUCUUGAUUUUGAUGACUUUGAAACUACCAUCACUGACGAUAAUAACCAAAUGGAGUCUGCUACUAAUAAUGAUGGAUCAGCUGCUGCUGCUGCUGCUGUUGUCGAAACUACUGCUACUACGAAAAAUAUUCUUGAUUUUGAAACUACCAUCAUCGACGAUAAUAAUCAAAUGGACACUGCUACUAAUAAUGAUGGAUCAGCUGCUGCUGCUGUUGUCGAAACUACUGCUACCAAGAAAAAAAAUAUUCUUGAUUUUGAUGACUUUGAAACUACCAUCAUCGACGAUAAUAAUCAAAUGGACACUGCUACUAAUAAUGACGGAUCAGCUUCCGCCAAUGCCCGAGUCAAUAUACCAGAAAUUCAGACAAUUACAACCGAAGAAAACUUUUUCAAUUUUUUCGUUACUCCAAACCAAUCAAGUUCUACUUUUACAGUGGAAACCGUAGAAGAACAGCAAUAUAUAAUGCAUACUUUAGACUCUGCUGUUGACGUUUCUGGCUGUUUUUCUAAUGAAUCAUACAUAAUUCUUAAUCCCGCGUUGCCGGUGGCAACAGAUAUGGAAGUUACCACAUCUAGUGCAGACGCGUCUGAUUCGGAUAUUAUUAGCAAAAAUAGAACUACCACAACCAUUAAAACCACUUGCGAAUAUAAGCAAUUUAUUCAUUACGGGGUGGCGGAAUUACUGUACGUAAGGAAAUUAUGCUAUAAGAAUUUACACUUAAGAUCGCCACGGUCGCACACAAUCCCAAUGGCAUUAUCUGCGGAUGAUUUAAAAUCGAUCAGUACAGACUUAGAUAAAAAUAACGAUGGAAAUUUUGUGUUAGGGUACAACGAUUUUAUUUCAAAAGCAGACAAUGCCAUAUUUGAGACAGCAAAAUUUAACAUACCAAUUAUGGCUGCUGCUGCUGCUGCUGCACCAAUUGAUGAAAUUUCGUUUAAUUUUCCGGAUGUCAUCGCUUCUCUGAGAAGAGAAAAUGUCGAAAUGAAAGGGACAUAUUCCUUUAACUCUUUGAUCAGCAUAUCAGGUUAAAGCAACCUGAAUGUAGGUCGCCCUACAGUAGUUUUCCUUAUCUCAAAGGCAAAGAAAAAUGUUCUCAAGGUUUUUGGAGGAUAAGAUCCUUCACUUCCCACGUCAAAAUUCAUUUAGUUUUCAUUAAGGAGGCUGCGGAUGGACGCAGUUGCGGCGGCGUCGGCGUCGUCUUCGCGACUCGCUGAAUUCAUAUAAACAAAUAUUUGUUUAAGGCGGAAAGUGAAUGCGAUUUUGUGUAGUUAUCUAUGUAAUUUUCAUCUGGUUGGUUUUUUGUUUGAUCACGACUAAAAUUCAUUAAAAUGUGGAAAGAAAAUUAACAAGAAUUAAUCAACGCGAUAUUAUUCAUUUUGUGUAUCAGUUUACGUAAUUAAAAUAUGUAUUUUAUCUGGCAAUUAUUGCAACAUAAUGCGUCGGCCUUUUUGACCAACUGGUUGCCGCAUUUAUACCCCAAAAUUCGUUCAAAGUAUUGAUUUUUCACAUUAUGAUGACCAAUGUGGCAAUUUCUUUGAACUGGCGGCAUCUCCAUCUUGGUUUAGGGUAGAAUUUUGGUAUAUGUAUAUACAACCAAAGCAGAUGGCCAAAAGUCAGUAUCUUUUUAUGCUUCAAUUCUCCGAGACAUUGCGCUACUGUGUGUUUUUUUUCAAGUAUAUUAUUUCAAAUCAAAGUUUAAUUUUGUCAGUUUUGUUCGUAAUAUUUUUUUUCCAAAUUUUCUUUUGUGUUUCUUUUCUCUUUUGUGAUCUGUGUAAUCGGAAUAAGAUGAGAAAUUUAUCGUUUGGCGGAGGUCGAAGUAGGGCUAAUGAUUUGCUUGAGAUUGUUCACACAGACGUGAAUGGACCCCAUAUGACAAAGGGUAAUAGAGGAGAGCAAUAUUUUGUCACUUUUACAGACGAUUAUAGCAAGUAUGUGAAGGUAUAUUGCAUCAACGCGAAGUCCGAGGUAUUCGAUUGUUUUGUGGAUUAUUAUAACAAGGUAACGAAUUUAACUGGUAAGAAAAUUCUGAAUUUGAGAUGUGAUAAUGGUCGCGAAUAUAUCAAUAGGCGUUUUUAUGAUUUUUCGAGAGAGAAAGGGUUCUUUAUUCAGAAGGUUCCACCAUACACACAGCAGUUGAAUGGAUGUGCUGAAUGUCUCAAUCAGGUGAUCGUUAAUCGUGCUAAUUGUCUGUUUGAUGAGUCUGGUGUUGAUAAGAGAUUUUGGCCAGAGGUUGUUAAAGCAGCAGUUUACAUUGGCAAUCGUGUCCUUGCAAAUUCAGUGGAAAAUCAUACACCAUUUGAGCUUCUUUUUGGUAAGAAACCUGACGUUUCAAAUCUCGUUUUGUAUGGACCGGAGGUUUUCGUUCGUGUACCUAACCAAAGGCAUCCUGAUAAAUGGUCCAAGAAAGGAGUCUAUGGGAAAAUUGUUGGUUUUGAGGAAACUGGUUAUCAUAUCUUGCGUAAUGGAGAAAUAACUGUGUCUAGGAACGUGAAGUUUAUUGACCCAACCAAAAGUAGAAUAAUGUACCUAGAUAGUGAGGAUGAGUCAAGGUCGAAUGAGUUGAGGUCAAAUGAAUCGAGUGAGCGUGAGUUACCUUGGAGAUCGCCACGUGAGAAGAAACCAAUAGAUAGGUAUGGCUCACCAGUUGCCUAUUUUGUCCAAGUAGGUGUUUCAGAUACGUAUGAGGAGGCAACUACUGACGAACGAGCUGAUGAAUGGAAGGAGGCAAUGGAAAAGGAGCUUUGAAAUAUUGAGAAGAAUGCCACCUGGAUUGAAACUGACCUACCCAAAGGUCAUAAAGCUCUAGAUUUGAAGUGGGUAUAUGCCAAGAAAGCUGAUGGUUCGCUGAAAGCUCGAGUUGUUGUUCAUGGUUACCAACAAUAUGACGAGCUUGAAGAAUUAUACUCACCAGUUGUUAGUAUGGCAGCUGUAAAGACCUAUUUUUCGUUAGCUGUGAAGAAUAAGUGGCAUAUUGAGCAGUUGGAUGUUGAUGCUGCGUUCUUAAAUGGUCAAGUCAAGUCGGAAGUUUAUGUCAGUCCUCCGAAAGGAUAUCCUAUCAGGCCCGGUAAAGUUCUCAAGUUGAAAAAGGCUCUAUACGGUUUGCGCGAAAGUCCGAGAUGUUGGUAUGAAUGUCUUGAUAGGUAUCUCAAGUCUUUAGGCUUCAAGAAUUUUGGUUCUGAGAGAUGUAUUUACAUAAGAGGAAAUGUGUUCAUAUUAGUAUAUGUUGAUGAUUUGUUGAUUUGCGGUGGUGAUCUCAGAGAAAUUCAAUCAGUGAUUUGGAAAUCGUGCUCAAGAUUUUCUAUGAAGGUCAUGGGACCUGUAUCGAAUUAUUUAGGAGUUGAAAUUCGUUAUGAUCAAACUGGUGGCGUUAUGGAAUUGGUACAAUCGUCAUACAUUGAAGAAUUAGCUGUGAAAUAUCGUGUAGUAGACUCCGAGCAGAUUUUUAAAACACCUAUGGAAAGUGGUCUCAAGUUGAGAAAAAUGGACAAAGUGAGAGAUGAUUUGCCUUAUAGGAGUUUAAUAGGUGCCUUGUUGUAUAUUGCCGCAGCAACUCAUCCUGAUAUGUCAUUUUCGAGUGGUUAUUUGAGUCGUUUUCAGGCAGGCUAUUGUAAGGAGUAUUUCGAGUAUGAGUUGAGAGUGCUCAGAUAUUUGUAUUGUACUCGUGAUCUUUGUCUGAAAUAUGUUAGUAUUGGUUCCUCGGAUCCAGUGUUGGAUUGUUACAUUGAUGCGGAUCAUGUUCAAGAUCUCAAUGAUAGGAAGUCCACAUCUGGAUUCGUUAUUCGUGUGUAUGGAAAUCCUGUGUUAUGGAAGAGUGUCAAACAGGGAGCAGUGACCAGAGCAUCCACUCAGGCUGAAUUUUAUGCACUUGCUGAUGCCACUCAGGAAGUGAUGUGGAUCAAGGGAUUGUUGUCUGAGUUUGGUAAAGUGGAUUGCAACGUUAAGAUAUACGAAGAUAACUCUGGUGCUGUAUCUCUUGCCUGUAGGGGUAAUUUCACUGGCAGAAGUAAGCAUAUAGAUAUCGCUUAUCAUUUCGUUCAUGAUUUAGUCUCCAAGGGAGAGAUUUGUGUAAUUCCGGUGGCGAGUGAGGAAAAUAUUGCGGAUAUUUUCACCAAGCCCCUAGACCGGACCAAAUUUGAAUAUUUUCGAGGUUCAAUGGGGGUUGUUCCUAGAUUGAGUGUCUAGCCUAUUUGCAUUGAGCUUUAUUUAUCGUUUUAUACUUUGUUGUUUUAAAUUAUGUUGUGAAAUAUUUAUUUGUUAUGUUAUAUUAUUCAAUUUGCGUAUUAUUGUGUUUCAAUAGAAUAUUUUAUGGUGAUAUUUUAUAAUGUAUUAAAUUGUUAAUUUGUCACAACGAGGUGGCGUGUUAGAUAGUCGAUGUGAUCCGUUAUUGUAUCGUCUAUGUACUCCUAGCUAUUCUAUAGGUACGAGAUAAGCUUGUGGGAUUUUCCACUUUGUACUUAUACUCAUUGUACAUAUCAUACCUGACCAAAUAUACGUUAUUCCGUUGUGUUCGUUGCUGUA